CAGGUUUCAGUUCAAGUCCUUUUGAUUUCGGAUACUUAACUAUCCUGUGAUUAAGUUUCCAUUUACCCUCUAAAUCAGAACAAUUUGCUUUUUUCACCUUUUGGGACAGUGGCCCUCACUAGGAGUGACUUAAUGAGAGCUGUUGGCAUACAGUACAACCUUCUAAAGUACAUUUUCUCACCACAUACACCUCCCCCCCUCCCCCCAUAACUUUAUUCUCCUUGCUCCUGUGGUACCAGGGUCUUUACAUUCAUUAACUCUGCCGUGAUAUACUUACUUCCAUAUACUCUUCUAGUAUGCUCAAAUCAAGCUAAUGAAAGCACGUGUGUGAGUAAGAAGUCUCAAUGAAAAACAGCUUUGAAGAAAGAUUCGGGAGGAGUGAGUUGAAGAGAUAGGAAGAGCAAAUAGGUAUCAGGUGGACAUUAGACCUCUGUAGAUGGGUAGAUCUCCUGUCCUCCUUUAAUUAGGGAAAUAGGCAGCAGCUCCCAUCAGAACCUGAAAUAAAUGGAGAAGCUUGGAAUGGACCUAAACUAACUUGAUCAGGAAAAAGAAGGGUGGAUGAAGGUGGAAGGCAAGACAAGGAGACAAAGCACACUGGGAUUUGUGCUGUGCCUGGGUGCUGGGUGAGCAGAUGGAACGCUUUGUCCGCGUUCCCUGUGGCUUGUACCAGGGCUAUGGGAAUACGAUGCCUUUGGGCCAGCCAGGACUCUAUGAACACAAACAGCCUGACUGGAGGCGAAACACCGGUCCCCCCACUUUCCUGGCCAGGCCUGGGUUGCUGGUGCCCGCAAAUGCCUCCGACUACUGUAUGGACCCUUACAAGAGGGCGCAGCUUAAGGCCAUUCUCUCCCAGAUGAACCCCAGCCUGAGCCUGCGGCUUUGCAAGGCCAACACCAAGGAGGUGGGGGUGCAGGUGAGUCCGCGGGUGGACAAGUCUGUGCAGUGCUCGCUGGGUUCUCGCACCUUGCGCAGCCGCUCCCCUUGGAGCAGCUCAGGUCACAAGGUACCCCUGCCGGCCUGGGGAGUCUAUUCACCAGUGAUAGGUCGCAGGGGCUUGAUCCAGCCGCGAAAGGAGGGGGAAGACCAGGAGAGGAAGGCACUUUUGGGUCCUGCGGAGGCCAGCCAGCAGCAGCAGCAGUCACCACCAACGCCAAGGUCUGAAGAGGACAAACAGGAGGAGCUUUGCCAGCAUGGGUUGGGGGAGGAAGGUACCCCAAACCCUCAGGAGGGGAAGAGCAAGCAGACACAGGGAGUCGGUGGAGCACAUCUGCUCCGGAAACCCAACUUUCAGUUUUUGGAACCAAAAUAUGGCUAUUUUCACUGUAAAGAUUGUAAGACCAGAUGGGAGAGUGCUUAUGUGUGGUGCAUUUCGGGAACUAAUAAGGUUUAUUUCAAACAACUGUGUUGCAAAUGCCAAAAGAGUUUUAACCCUUACCGAGUAGAAGCAAUCCAAUGUCAGACCUGUUCAAAGUCUCGUUGUUCCUGUCCUCAAAAGAAAAGACACAUUGAUCUAAGGAGGCCGCAUCGACAGGAACUGUGUGGUCGCUGCAAAGACAAGAGAUUCUCCUGUGGCAAUACUUACAGCUUUAAAUACAUCAUGUGACAGGCAGUAUGACUUGUACAGGACACCCAAACUUUCCUUGUAACUUACGGUACUGUUCCUUUUUUGCAACUUAGCUCUGACCUGGUAUUGGAAAAUGGACUAGGCUUUUGUACUUUUUGUAGGUUGCUUAACAAUUGUACAGUGUGAGUAGAAUAAAAUAAAUGCAUGUAAAAUAGA